UUUUGUGUCCACAACUAGGUUAUGUCCGAAUUUGUGUUUCUUGCUUUUAAUACAAUUUUAUUAAAAUUAUGCGAUGGCCCUCACAGUGGAACAAUGUGAUAUUUUACUCGAUAUUUUGGGUGAGACUAAAGUGAGGACCCACACCUUAGAGAGCCUUUCGAAUGAGUUGCACAAAAAAUUCGAGUCUUGUGACUAUUUCAAGGUGGGUACUUGUCUGGUGAUGUUGCUUCAGCAGGACCUCCUGAAAGAACCUGAACAAAAACUCGUCGCUGUAACACUUUUACAUGAGUUGUAUCGUGGCGAAUCGCUCGCAAACACCCCUUUUGUUAACGUUUUCAACCACCUUUUGCACCCCCCUGAACACCAGAGUAGUGUGGGGGCCCCCAAACUCGAAUAUCCGGGCCAAUUACCCAAAUUGACACCACCUGAGAGACAAUUUCUGAUGCAAUUGUUGGCAGACGUCCCCAAAGAUGCUAUACUGAAAAAAACAGCCACUCAAAUAAUCAAUUCAGACGUGGGGAAUGUCCAAACAAAUUUUGAUUUUUCAGUCGUACAAUUACUACUCGCUGAAAAACAAUCCGAAUUGCCACAAACUUGCAAAACUGGAAUUCCUGUAAUUUUAUCACUGCCUGAAAAAACCAACAAUUAUGUGUCACAAGAGGGUGAUUAUACUAGUCUUGUUAAAAGUAUAGCAAGUGGUGAUAGUGCCCCCAUUAAUAAAGUAUACAAACCUGAAUUUGUGACACUAGCACCGCCUUUAUUAGACACAGAAGAUGAAAUGGUGUGGUUAAACCCGACUAAUAUUAAGGAACACACUGUAGCAUAUGAUGUAACAAUGUGUGUCCCUGAUACAGCGGGUCAAGAAGCCCGACUUUUGAUGAAUAAGGCUUACAAAUCAGCGCUAUCUUUGCAACAACAACAACAAUUAUUAGGAGAAUUGGAAAAUGAUUCGAAACUUGUCUACCACAUUGGUUUAACACCUUCUAAAUUGCCUGAAUUGGUCGAAAACAACCCACUUAUCGCCAUUGAAGUUUUACUCAAACUUAUGCAAUCGAAACAAAUAACGGAAUAUUUCAGUGUUUUGGUCAAUAUGGAAAUGUCGUUGCAUUCAAUGGAAGUGGUAAAUCGGUUAACAACAACCGUGGAUUUGCCCACAGAGUUUGUCCAUUUAUACAUUUCGAAUUGUAUCUCAACUUGUGAGACAAUCAAAGAUCGUUAUAUGCAAAAUCGGUUAGUUAGAUUAGUUUGUGUAUUCCUUCAAUCACUAAUUCGGAACAAAAUAAUCAACGUUCAAGAAUUAUUCAUUGAGGUUCAAGCGUUUUGUAUCGAAUUUAGUCGAAUUAGAGAGGCUGCUGCACUAUUCCGAUUAUUAAAACAAUUGGAAUCGGGGGAACAAAUCGGUCUUUCAUCACCACCAAUCAAAAAACAACUCGAAGGUUGAUUAAAUUUAAUGAAAUUGUAUCGUACAAUGUGGCAGAUUGUGUUGUAAUUUAUCGAGGAUUUUCUCCUUCUCUUUAAUGUAGGGUAAAUCUGCAAGAAUUAACUCUUUUAGAUUGUUUAAUGUGUUGAGGUGGAUUAAGCCACUCUCUGUUAUAUUCAAACACUCGGUGAUUUGUAAAUAAAGUAAGGAGUUUUUUAAA